AUGACAGGCUAUACCAUGUUGCGGAAUGGGGGUGUGGGGAACGGAGGUCAAACCUGUAUGUUACGGUGGUCUAACCGUAUCCGACUUACAUGGCUCAGUUUUACCCUCUUCAUUAUUCUGGUUUUCUUCCCCCUCAUUGCUCACUAUUAUCUCACCACUCUGGAUGAGGCUGAUGAGGCCGGCAAGAGGAUUUUUGGCCCGCGGGCUGGUAAUGAGCUGUGCGAGGUAAAGCAUGUGCUGGAUCUUUGCCGAAUUCGUGAGUCUGUAAGUGAGGAGCUGUUGCAGCUGGAAGCCAAGCGGCAGGAGCUGAACAGUGAAAUUGCCAAGCUGAACCUAAAGAUUGAAGCCUGCAAAAAGAGUAUUGAGAAUGCCAAGCAGGACCUGCUUCAACUGAAGAAUGUCAUUAGCCAGACUGAGCACUCUUACAAAGAGCUGAUGGCCCAAAAUCAGCCCAAACUUUCUCUGCCCAUCCGAUUGCUCCCAGAGAAGGAUGAUGCAGGCCUUCCUCCCCCGAAGGUCAUCCGGGGUUGUCGGCUACACAAUUGUUUCGAUUAUUCUCGCUGCCCUCUCACCUCUGGUUUUCCUGUCUAUGUUUAUGACAGUGACCAGUUUGCCUUUGGCAGCUACAUGGAUCCCUUGGUCAAGCAGGCUUUUCAGGCUACAGCACGAGCCAACACCUAUGUUACAGAAAAUGCAGAUAUUGCCUGCCUCUAUGUGAUAUUAGUGGGAGAGAUGCAGGAGCCAGUAGUGCUGCGGCCUGCUGAACUUGAGAAGCAGUUGUAUUCUCUACCACAUUGGCGGACAGAUGGACACAACCAUGUCAUCAUCAAUCUAUCACGGAAGUCGGAUACACAAAACUUACUGUAUAAUGUCAGUACCGGCCGUGCCAUGGUGGCCCAGUCUACUUUCUAUGCUGCCCAGUACAGACCUGGCUUUGACUUGGUAGUAUCGCCACUAGUCCAUGCCAUGUCAGAGCCCAACUUCAUGGAAAUCCCACCACAGGUGCCAGUGAAGCGGAAAUAUCUCUUCACCUUCCAGGGUGAGAAGAUUGAGUCACUAAGAUCCAGCCUUCAGGAGGCCCGAUCCUUUGAAGAAGAAAUGGAAGGUGACCCCCCAGCUGACUAUGACGAUCGUAUCAUUGCCACUUUAAAAGCUGUACAGGACAGCAAGCUAGAUCAGGUCCUAGUAGAAUUUACCUGCAAAAACCAGCCUAAACCCAGUCUGCCUACUGAGUGGGCACUGUGUGGGGAGCGGGAGGACCGCUUAGAGUUACUGAAGCUUUCCACCUUUGCUCUCAUUAUCACUCCUGGGGACCCUCACUUGGUCAUUUCAUCCGGAUGUGCAACACGGCUCUUCGAAGCCCUGGAAGUUGGUGCUGUCCCAGUUGUGCUGGGGGAGCAAGUCCAGCUUCCUUACCAUGACACGCUGCAGUGGAACGAGGCAGCCCUGGUGGUGCCCAAGCCACGUGUUACUGAGGUUCACUUCCUGUUACGAAGUCUUUCUGAUAGUGAUCUACUGGCCAUGAGGCGGCAAGGCCGCUUCCUCUGGGAGACGUACUUCUCAACUGCUGACAGUAUUUUCAAUACCGUGCUGGCUAUGAUUAGGACUCGAAUACAGAUCCCAGCUGCUCCCAUCCGGGAAGAGGCAGCAGCUGAGAUCCCCCAUCGUUCAGGCAAGGCGGCUGGCACAGACCCCAACAUGGCUGACAACGGGGACCUGGACCUGGGGCCAGUAGAAACUGAGCCGCCUUAUGCCUCACCCAAAUACCUCCGCAACUUUACCUUGACCGUCACUGACUUUUACCGCAGCUGGAACUCUGCUCCAGGGCCUUUCCAUCUUUUCCCCCACACACCCUUUGACCCUGUGUUACCCUCAGAGGCCAAAUUCUUGGGCUCAGGAACUGGAUUUCGGCCGAUUGGUGGUGGAGCUGGGGGUUCUGGCAAGGAGUUUCAGGCAGCACUUGGAGGCAAUGUCCCGCGGGAGCAGUUCACAGUUGUGAUGUUGACUUAUGAGCGGGAGGAAGUGCUUAUGAACUCUUUAGAGAGGUUGAACGGCCUCCCUUACCUGAACAAGGUGGUGGUGGUGUGGAAUUCUCCCAAACUACCAUCCGAAGACCUUCUGUGGCCUGACAUUGGCGUCCCCAUCAUGGUGGUCCGUACUGAGAAGAACAGUUUGAAUAAUCGAUUUUUGCCCUGGAAUGAAAUUGAGACAGAAGCCAUCCUGUCUAUUGAUGAUGAUGCUCAUCUCCGCCAUGAUGAAAUCAUGUUUGGGUUUCGGGUAUGGAGAGAAGCACGGGACCGCAUUGUGGGUUUCCCUGGCCGAUACCAUGCGUGGGACAUCCCUCAUCAGUCCUGGCUCUACAACUCCAACUACUCCUGUGAGCUGUCCAUGGUGCUGACAGGUGCUGCCUUCUUUCACAAGUAUUAUGCCUACCUGUAUUCUUACGUGAUGCCCCAGGCCAUCCGAGAUAUGGUGGAUGAAUACAUCAACUGUGAGGACAUUGCCAUGAACUUCCUUGUCUCCCACAUCACUCGGAAACCCCCCAUCAAGGUGACCUCACGGUGGACUUUCCGAUGCCCAGGAUGCCCCCAGGCCCUGUCCCACGAUGAUUCCCACUUUCACGAGCGGCACAAAUGUAUCAACUUCUUCGUCAAAGUGUACGGCUAUAUGCCCCUGCUGUACACGCAGUUCAGGGUGGACUCUGUGCUCUUCAAGACGCGCCUGCCCCACGACAAGACCAAGUGCUUCAAGUUCAUCUAG